AAAAUACAGGCUUUAGCCUUUGCUUGGACUCUCAAAAGUCACCCAUUAAAGUUCAUUUCAGUUUCACAAUUUUAAAAUUUCAGAAGGUUUUCACAUCUCGUGGGGCAACUGUAGCUGGAUAGGAUCUCGGAGAUUGAAGAUGGCUCGUCUCUCAGCUUUGAGCAUGGCAGUGCUGAUCCACUCGGUGCUGGGCAUCUCGUACUAUCAUUACUUCCGCCAGACAUCCGCCUCAGCAUCGCUUUUGGGGGCGUGGCUCUUCUCCGCCUGUGUCGUGGCCCUGCUCCAAGCCAUUAAGAUCUCUCCUACUGCAACUCCUGCUCCCAAUACGAAUGGCCAGCGUUUCAGGGGCGGAGGCAGAGACCCGCAGCCCAGUCCCAACUCCAGCUCCAGUUCCUGGAGUGCCCUGCUUGUGGAGACAGUCAUAUGUUGCCUGGUCCUUGAUCUCACCUUGACCCAGUUGUGGAACCGCGUAGAGUCACUCUGCCAAUGUGCCAUCAUUGGUGUCCUCCAAGGCUUGGCCGUGGAGGAGGCAACCUUUCUGGCCUGCGAGUACUGGACUUUGGCCCUGACCACCGGGCUCAUCGGAGGAAGCCUGCUCUGGCUGACCCUACAGGCAACGUCGUUUCCAAGGAAUGUGCACUGCAGUCUGAUCAACUGGCGUUGCUCCUUGACCCGCUGGUGGUCAUCACUGUUCUUAUACCCUGCUCCCCAUGCUCAUCCGCAUCUACAUCAGAAUCCUCAGCCCAUUGCCCGGAGCAGUGUCGCCUGAGAAGCUGAAUCUUGCUCCAGCUCCUACCGCAGUGUCUAUCUCUAUUUCCGAUCACCAACCAAAAAUUAUGGAUAUAUUAAUAAUAUUCAGUUAGAGAUU